AUAUUGGAGACAAUAUGGUAGCAACUUGACUAAAUUAACUUCCGCCUUUUGUUGCAAUCCAUGCUGGUGUCAAAAGCUCCAAUACCCGGCGUCCAACAAGCUAGGAGUUACAAGUCUUUCUUUAUCAUACAUAGGAAGGGUACCCAAACGUUCAAAGGGAUCGAGGGGAUAUUUUGGUCAUCCAAGUGUCAGAAGUUCGGACUAUCGCUUGGACUUAAAACUCCGCAUUUCUGUUCCAAAGUCCACGACAUUGGGUUACAAGCCGUACAGGGAAAUGUGCUGACAGUGGAGGAUCUAGUGAAGAAAAUCUAUGAUGUCACAGAAAUUCCACCAGCCAAUCAAAAGAUUCUUUUUAAAGGCAAGACUUUAAACAAAGACCCAGAGGCAUACCUGACAGACAUCGGAUUAACCGAUCAUGCAAAAGUUAUGCUUCUUGGUAAAAAGCCUGACCCACUAGAUGACAAGGAAAUGGGAAGGCUACAUAAUAUAGAGCAGUCCAUGAAAAAGGAGGAGGAAAAAUUAAGUGAAGUCACAUAUGAGCUGGACGGAAUACACAGGGGAUUUCUAGACAAUUCUCUGAAGGGACCAGCUUUGCAGAAAAGUCGGAAGAGGGUUGCCCACACCAUAGAACAAUAUAUGAAAUUGCUGGAGACUCUAGAUAGCCUAAGUCUAGAUGAGAGUAAUUCUGGAGGGAGGGCCAAACGCAAGAGUCUGGUUAAUAGAAUUCAGAACCUACUAGACAGAUGUGAUGGCUUGGCAAAAGGAAUAGAAGAUAUGCUGGCAAGGUGGAGUGCAAAAAUGCAAAUCUAAUAUUUAUUCCUAAAUCUUGCACAGUUGUUUGACUAUUUCUGACACUUGUGAUUGUCUUGGGAGGCACAUUCUUUGUUCUCUGUGAUCACAACAAUUACUUCUUUUGUUUGCAUGUCUAUGUCAAAGUUUUUAUGAAUUUCUUAUUAGUUAAUAUACACAGAUUAUUAAGUGGUUUCAUCAAUACAGUGUACUUUUUAUAUAUUUAUAUUACUGUUACAUCAUUUUUGCAAUUACAAAAACCCACUUUGGUAUUGGGAAAAUGCUGUUAUAUUGGAGUUUUAAUAUAGUAGUAAUGCCUUUUAGUUCCAUUUCUGUUUAGAUAUAACUUUCGUAUCCCAAUCUGUACACUGUAAAUGAGAUAUGGAUUGUAAUCAAUAUUGAUGAAACCACCUUCCAUCUAAUAUCAGAUUUAUAAUGACUAACAUUUUGAUUAAGGAGUGUCAGGAGUUUGCUUGCUAGACAUUUAUAGUCAGGUUUGAUAUCGACCAUCACAACUUUUGUGUAUGUUGCAGUGUUAACUUUCACUAACUGAAUUAAUGAAUUGAAUUUAAUAAGCAUGGUGUUCCUAUCCAAUCAUCUCUCAGUGAGGUAUGUGAGGAAUGUUCUAGAGAUACGAGGUCUGUCUUUUCUAUUACAGUAAUGGUGACAAAGACAAAUGAUGGCAACCAGUGGGCCAAGGUUUAUGUAUGUUGUAUGUCUAGCAGAAGGAGAUAGUCAGUUUAACUCAGGAAUACAAGGUUUAACUGUUCUAAGACUUUGGAUCAGUGGCCAACAUUAGUGGUUAGAGGGAAAAUCCUGCUCUGAUCUUUGAAUUUUCCCAGUUAGAGAUGGUUAUAAUGAUGAGGAAUACAGUACACACUCUAAAUCAUAUCAGACAUGUGGUAAUCCUUAAUUUUAAUCAGCUGUAAUUGAUUACUUUUUUUUUUUUUUUUUUUAUAAAAGUGAGUACAUGUAAUUAGUAGUCAUGAAAAAUCUGAUUACUUGUAAUUUAAUUUGAUCACCUACAGCUAAGAAUUUGAAUGUGAUCGUGAUUAUUUUCUGAUUACGGUAUUUUUGGUUACCUUGUAAAAAAAAUUAUUUUGAUUGUUAAACCUUCUGAAUGUUUUCAAUCUCUUUUUAAGUUUUAUUUAUUUGCAGAAUUUAUAAAGUAUUGUCAAUCAUUAUUUACAUCCUUUUUACCCCCCCCCCCCCAAAGUUAAAAAUCUACUACAUCAAUAAGUUGAUAUGCAUUGUUUCCUAAAUAUCAUUGUACUAUUUAAGAAAUUGACUCCAGCUGUCAUCUUUAUGUUUUUGCAGAUUGAAUUAUAUAUUUCAGCAACUUAUGAUGCUAAAAUGCAAUUCAAAUGAAGUUGAUGCCUGUGUGAUGUAUAUUUAAGAAAUAAAUAUAAAUGUUGAAAGUUUCUGAUAUACUUUUUAAAAACAGUUGUUUAUUAAAGUAAUCAAAAAGUAAUCAUGAUUAUAUCGAAAAGUAAUUGCAAUUCAAUUACUAUCCAAAAAGCAGUUUGAUUUAAAUCUUUAUCAACACGAUUGUAAUCUAAUUAAUUACUAUCCAAAAAGCAGUAUAAUUUGAAUUUCAAAGAGAUUGUAAUUUAAUUAAUUACUAUCCAAAAAUUAGUAUGAUUUAAAUGUCAACACGAUUGUAAUUUAAUUAAUUACUAUCCAGAAAUUAGUAUGAUUUAAAUUUCAACGUGAUUGUAAUUCAAUUAAUUACUAUCCAAAAAGCAAUAUAAGUUAAAUUUCAAAGCGAUUGUAAUUUAAUUGAUUACUAUCCAAAAACAGUAUGAUUUAAAUUUCAAAGCGAUUGUAAUUUAAUUAAUUACUAUCCAAAAAGCAGUAUAAUUUAAAUUUCAAAGUUAUUGUAAUUUUUAAAAUUAAUUACUAUCUAAAAAGCAGUAUAAUUUAAAUUUCGAAGUGAUUGUAAUUUAAUUAAUUACUUUUCAACUGAUUGACCACAUGUCUGACUGAUAUGGAAUCCAUUUAUUGAAAAAAAUACAUUUGUUGAUGAAUUAAGACAAUUUAGAAAGAGGAACCUCUACUCUUGGAAGAUGAAGAGGUAGGGUAGACUUAACCUUUAUAGAUAAGUAUACUCUGAGAUGGACAUCUGGAAACAAAUUUAGUUUGAAUUUCCUUGCUCUUUUGUUUCACAACUGGCCUAGUGUGAAUAGAGUCAGAUUUGGGUCCAGUAUAGCAGCCCGGCUACAUGUAUCCUACAAAGUAUGGCUUCAUUUCAUCCUAUGGAAAGUUUUUAAGGUAUCUUCAACCUUAUGUGACUUAAUUCACACUAUUAUGGGUUAAUUAAAAGUAGAAAAACUGUACUAAUUUCCACUUCAUAUUGUUUAAUUUAAUGAAUAAUCAAAGAAAAUGUAUAUGUUGCCACAUUUUUAAAGACGUCAGACAUACACGUCAACACCUGAAAAUUGCACAUUUUCGUUAAACAGAAUAUAUCAAUAAAAUGAAGAAAAAAAAUAAUUUUAACAGUUUAAAAAAAUUGCUAUUUUAUAAAUACAUGUACAUGUAAAUUCAUUUUGGAUAUCAGGAAGAUCAUUGUAUAUUGUAUGAUAGACGUACAGCGGAGAAAAUAAGCAGGAGUGAUUGCCCUUGAUAACAUUUAAUUGAUUAUUUAUAUUAAAAAAACAAUUUCAAUGUCAGAUAGUUUUACCAAAUUUUUUCAUUCUACUCAUUAAACUUUGAGCAUGAUUGAAAUAUAUCUUUUGUAGGAAUUUCAUUCAAUAAAAGAUUUUGCAAAAACCUAAUAAUAUGACAUCACUUGAGGGUGAAGUACCUUUUAUAUACAUGUAGUUUGCUUUAUCUGUCAUUAUGAUGACAUCAUCAAUUAAUUCAUAAUGGGAAAUAUUUUCAUGUAUCAUGUUUUUUUAUUAUCUUCUAAUAAAAGUAAAUUUGAAUGGAGUGGAGUGUGAAUUGACUCUAAAAAUAAAAAUAUGGUCUAUAUAAAAAUGAAUUGGCUGCAUAUUGUAUUUGAAUUUUGAAAUUCAGGUAAAAUUACAAGAUCUUUUUUUUAAGAAACAAGUUGAUUUGUUGAUUUUAUUUGUUGAUGAUUUUUGUCUUAUACAAUAAAUAAUGAUUUGAUGUGAC